AUUUUCUUCUUUCCACCAAACUUGAAGGAAAGGACGCAAAAGAAAGAUAAAAGGAUUACAAAAAGAGAAAAAUUUCACGAAAAUCAUCUUGAAUUUCUCUUUUAAGUUGUUGGUUUUUCAUGAAGAUGUGCAUUUAUAUAGGUUGAGAGGCUUUUAUAGAAAGUUUUCUACGUGAAAAACACGAAGAAUUUAGCCUCAGAAACUCUGCAGAGAACUCGAGUUCUAAUUGCCGUCGUCUUCAGAUAUGAAUCCUCAGGGUUCAUCAGGAGGAAGUAACUUAGCUUCUUCAUCGAAGAAUCCUCAAAGAAGAAUGGAAAUAUUUACAGACACUAACAAAAAAGAAUUCGAGAAAGAAAAUUUAUCUGAAGAACAGAAGAACUUAGAAGAGUUAACAAAUUCGUCCGGUAAGUGGAUGGCAUUUCCGAUAACAAAAUCAGGGAGUUCAAAAUCAAAUACUUUUGAUGGUUUGUUCAAGGAAUUAAGUGAAAUAGGAGGAGACGAAUUUUCGGUUGAUGAUAAAACUAAUCAGAUAAUAAGUGAAGAUGGUAUGUCACAGAGAGCUGCUGAAUGGGGACUAGUAGUUGAAUCUGAAGUCGCAGGUGACAGUAAUUCUAAAGCCGUGCGACUAAGGUCGUCCGGAGAUUCAAGAAAAGAGUCUAGAGAAUAUGCAAAAACAUCUGAAGAUUCACAAGCUGGGCCUGCGAUGGGAAUUCCACGAGUUUCUCAAGAACUUAAAGAUGCAUUGGCCACACUUCAACAGACAUUUGUUGUAUCAGAUGCUACAAGACCUGAGUGUCCUAUUAUUUAUGCUAGCUCUGGGUUUUUCACCAUGACUGGUUAUUCUUCAUCUGAAGUUGUUGGCAGAAACUGUCGAUUUCUUCAGGGAGCUGAUACAGAUCAGAAUGAAGUUGCAAAAAUUAGAGAUGCUGUUAAAACAGGGAAAAGCUACUGUGGGAGGCUGUUGAACUAUAAGAAAGAUGGGAAACCAUUUUGGAAUCUGUUAACAGUUACACCCAUUAAAGAUAAUACUGGCAAGGUUAUCAAGUUUAUCGGAAUGCAAGUUGAGGUCAGCAAAUAUACAGAAGGUUUGGUCGAUAAAGCCUUGAGACCAAAUGGACUGCCCAAGUCUCUAAUUCGUUAUGAUGCUCGGCAGAAAGAAAAGGCUAUGGAUUCUAUGACGGAAGUUGUUCAGACUGUCAAACACCCAAAAUCUCAUACUGGUGGCACAGUUCCUGGAACACCAUUAAAGGCUGAUGAUAAUGACAAGUUGAACAUGGUCCUGCCCAAAUCUGUUCAAUUUGAGAACUUGAAUACACCUGGUAGACAUACUCCUGACAUGGAUGCACGAAGUGAACUAUCCAGAAUGAGUACAGCAAGUGAUGCUAACAAGAAAUCUAGAAAAUCAGGACGUAACUCAUUGAUGGGGUUUAAGGGAAGAAAGAGCUCAGUAGAAACCAUUGAGACCCCGACUUUUGAGCCAGAGGUUCUAAUGACCAAAGAUGUACAACACUCUGACAGUUGGGAUCGUGCAGAGAUGGAAAGGGAUAUACGCCAAGGGAUUGACCUAGCAACAACACUGGAGCGCAUUGAAAAGAAUUUUGUUAUAACAGAUCCUAGGCUACCCGAUAACCCCAUUAUUUUUGCAUCCGACAGCUUUCUUGAACUAACAGAGUAUACUCGAGAAGAAAUUCUGGGACGAAACUGCCGAUUUCUUCAAGGCUCUGAUACCGAUCAAGGAACCGUCUCAAAAAUAAGAGAUGCUAUUCGAGAACAAAGAGAAAUUACUGUCCAAUUGAUCAACUAUACAAAGAGUGGGAAGAAAUUUUGGAAUUUAUUCCACUUGCAGCCUAUGCGUGACCAGAAGGGUGAACUCCAAUACUUCAUUGGUGUACAAUUAGAUGGAAGUGAUCAUAUAGAACCUCUUCGAAGCCGCCUCUCUGAGAACACUGAGCAGCAAAGCGCGAAGCUGGUGAAAGCUACUGCCGAAAAUGUUAACGAAGCCGUUCGAGAGCUUCCUGACGCCAACUUGAGACCAGAAGAUUUGUGGGCAAUACAUUCUAAACCUGUCUCUCCAAGGCCUCACAAAAAGAACAAUGCUUCUUGGCUAGCGAUUCAGAAGAUCAUUGCACGUGGCGAACAAAUUGGUCUGAAGCAUUUCAAGCCUAUAAGACCCCUGGGCUGUGGUGAUACUGGCAGUGUUCAUUUAGUAGAAUUGCAUGGUACGGGUGAAAUGUUUGCUAUGAAGGCAAUGGACAAGUCUGUUAUGCUGAACCGCAACAAGGUUCAUCGAGCAUGCAUCGAAAGGGAAAUCAUUUCGUUUCUUGAUCAUCCUUUUCUUCCAACACUCUACACUUCUUUCCAGACUGCUACACAUGUUUGUUUGAUAACGGACUUUUGCCCUGGUGGAGAACUAUUUGCGUUGCUUGACAAGCAGCCUAUGAAAAUGUUUAAGGAGGAAUCUGCGAGGUUCUACGCUGCGGAGGUUUUAAUUGGCUUGGAAUAUCUUCAUUGUUUAGGAAUUAUCUAUCGCGACCUGAAGCCUGAAAAUAUAUUACUCCAAAAGGAUGGUCAUGUUGUACUAACAGACUUUGAUCUGUCAUUUCUCACAGGUUGUAAACCUCAGGUUGUUGAACAUCCAUUACCUGCAAAGAGGAGAAGGUCCAGAAGUCAACCUCCUCCAACAUUUUAUGCAGAACCCAUCACACAGUCAAAUUCAUUUGUUGGAACUGAAGAGUAUAUUGCUCCUGAAAUUAUAACUGGUGCAGGGCAUAGUAGUGCUAUCGAUUGGUGGGCUCUUGGAAUUUUGCUCUAUGAAAUGCUCUAUGGACGUACACCUUUCAGGGGAAAGAACAGGCAGAAAACAUUUGCUAAUAUUCUGCACAAAGACUUGACGUUUCCUAGCAGCAUACCGGUAAGCCUUGCAGCUAGACAACUGAUCCAUGGGUUAUUGCAUAGAGACCCUGCUGACCGGUUAGGAUCAAAAACCGGAGCCAAUGAGAUCAAAGAGCAUCAGUUCUUCCGUGGAAUUAAUUGGCCCCUCAUUCGAUGCAUGAGUCCCCCACCAUUAGAUGCACCUCUUCAAUUAAUUGGAAAGGAUUCAAAGGCUAAAGAUAUACAGUGGGAAGACGAUGGAGUGCUUGAUCAGGCGUUGGAGAUUUUUUGAAGGAUUUUCCACAAGAUUUUGGAUGAGAGCCUUGCACCAGCAUAUCACUAUUGUUUCCCAAGACAUUUCAUGUAUAGAUGUCUUCCCGACUCAUUAUGGUUUUCCGAUAACAUUGUGUACAGCAAAGGGAACCAUCCAUUAGUUGCGCAGGUUUUUCUUUUAAGGUCAUUACACCAAGCCAAAAAUAGCUAUUGCCAGAUUAUCAAGUGUGAAACACGCCCUAUUAUAUAUUCCUCGAGGCAUGUAUUCCUUUUCCGGUGUCAUUGAAUAAAGAUAAAUAGAGUUCUGAGACCUGCAAGUAAUUUUCAACAGUCUAUUCUACCAUCAAUAAGCAUAAUUCUUCAGUGAUAUAGCCUUAGACGACAUCUAUACAUCAAGUGCCCAAUGAUGCAAAACUGAAGUACAUAUAUAUAUAGCGCAAACAUGUGAGAUGAGGAUAAAAAUGAUGAGAUUGCCCAAGAUUCCCGCAGCAAGGUUUUCGUCUACUUUAGGCAGUUGAAGGACAAGAUUGUGCAAACAUGCACUAUGUAACAAUAGAAAUCUACAACUUUGCUCUAACCUUGAGCACGAAGAGACAAUAAUUAUCAAGAAAAGGCGAAGAGUAAUUGUGCGAUAAUGGAUGAAAGGUGUGAAAAGUAGCAGCACGAUAAAGACAAUGCGAUGACCAUCUCAACAGAAGAAGCACGAAGUAGCAGCACGACAGAUAGAGACAGCUCCCAAAGCCUGGCGAAUAAGACAAACUGAAAUAUAAUCAGUUAAAUAAGAUCUUGCAUGUGAAUCAUAGUUGUCUUCUACUGCUACAUUUGUCUAUAUAAGGGUUCAAAAAUGAUAGAGAGAGAGAUCAGUUGAGAUAGAUAAACUAAGGAAAUUAUCAAAAAAAAAAAAGGAAAGAAGGAAGGAAGGAAGCCAUUAGAACUUAGCUUUAUCUCAUGUUUCCCCAUUGUUGUACACAAACUCAUCUUGUAAUCUCUGUAAGAAACAUCACAUAUUCAAUACAAGGCAUUUGAGAAGAUC